CGCGUGUUAACUUCUCCACACCUUAAGUGGUUUAGCGACUUUAACUAACACUAUACGGUAGUCGGAUUAUUGUUCCUGGCCGGGACCUCGAAUCGCACCCCCCCGUUCGUUCUGCAGUACAAUAGAGAAAAACGUGGUCGGGGUUGUAUUGUAUUUCACAUGAGGAUCUUUAACGCUCCCCUCGAGCGAGAUUUCGCAACCCAAUAAUAUCCUCAUAAUUACUAACUGGGCAGGUACCUGUAACCAUGGCGCAUCUCGAAGCUAUCGCCUCUGAGAUAUCUCUGUAUCCGUAUACCAAUGGCAAGAAGACGGGCAACAGGGUUAAAUUCCCGGAUUCCAUUGCGUUCUCGGGGAUGAACAAACCUGCGCGCUUUGAGGGAGAUAUAACUGAUCUUGAGGUCACGGGCGAUAUUCCUCGUGAUAUCAAUGGCACGUUUUAUCGUGUGCAGCCUGAUCACCGAUAUCCGCCUAUGUUCGAGGAUGAUAUUCAUUUUAACGGAGACGGCAGUGUCACAGCAAUUCGCAUUAAGGAUGGCCAUGCCGACUUCAAGCAGCGGUAUGUGCGGACCGACAAAUUUCUCAAGGAAGAAGAAGCUCGAGGAACGCUAUUUGGGCGAUACCGCAACCCAUACACGGACAACGAAAGUGUGCGGGGUGUGAUACGCACCGUUAGUAACACGAAUAUCACAUUCUGGCGGGGUAUGCUUCUAGCAAGCAAAGAAGAUGGGCCCCCAUUUGCCAUGGAUCCGAUCACACUCGAGACUAUUGGGCGUUACGACUUCGAGGGCCAGAUCACGGCUCCAACUUUCACCGCACACCCUAAGUUCGACCCGGAUACUGGUGAGAUGUUGUGUUUCGCAUACGAAGCUGGUGCAGAUGGCUCCGAUUGCGGUCUUGAUGUUGUGACAUGGACAAUCAAUGCAGACGGAAAGAAGACCGAGGAGCUUUGGUUCAAGGCCCCGUUCGCUGGCAUGAUCCACGACUGCGGUGUCUCGAAGAACUACUUCGUGCUCCCAUUGACCCCGCUCAAGAUGUCACUCGACCGUCUUAAGGCUGGUGGAAACAAGUUCGCAUGGGACCCGAACGAGGACCAAGUCUACGGUAUUGUGCCUAGACGCGGUGGCAAACCUGAGGAUGUGAAAUGGUUCCGGGCCGAUAACGGUUUCCACGGCCACGUAGCGGGGUGCUAUGAGAAUGAAGACGGACACGUAGUAUUCGACCUAACAGUCGCCGACGGCAACGUAUUCUUCUGGUUCCCACCCGACGGGCAAGCGCCCGACUUACCAGGUCGCCAGCGUCUCAGUAGUCCCACAACACGCUGGGUAUUCGACCCGCACGCGAAAUCCGGAACCCGCGUUAAGGCGUCGCUGGAAUGGACUACUAACGGCGAGUUCUCGCGCAUCGACGACCGGUGGGUGACGAAGAAGUACGAACACUUCUGGCAGUUGAAGGUAGACCCCACGCAGCCGUACGACUUCGCGCGUUGUGGACCGCCAGCGGGGGGGUUGUUUAAUAGUAUGGCGCAUUAUACUUGGGAUGCGGAGGAUGAAGGGAAGACGGGCAAGGAGGAUGUUUGGUUCGCGGGACCGACGGCGACGUAUCAGGAGCCGGUUUUUAUUCCGAAGGAUGGUGGGAAGGAGGGUGAGGGAUAUUUGGCGGCACUGAAGAAUAACCUUGAUGAGUUGCGCAAUGAUGUGGUUAUUUGGGAUGCGCUGAACUUGUCGAAGGGCCCGUUGGCGACGCUGCAUUUGCCUCUGAGAUUGCGGCUAGGCUUCCAUGGCAAUUUUGUUGACCAUAGGGAUAUUGAGGCCUGGCAAGAACGCAGAGCAGGUGAACUGGGUCCUGUUCAGCCGGCGAAGGAGCCGUUGCCUUGGCAGAAGGCGUUUGCAGCGAAUGGAAGUGUGAAUGGUACGACGAACGGCCAUGGGGUUAACGGGUCUUCGUGAAGAUCAAAGGCACUUCUAUAAGUCGGAAAUUUUCGAGUGAUACAAGCCUGAUUUGGAGGCCCGGGGUUUGAAAGAGGGCAUCAUAAGUGCGUGAUUCCGGAGUACAUUAGUAUCGUUGACUCGUUCAUGUUAAAUCUACUUUGUCCGCAAGGUUAAUCA